CUGGUGACACCCCCGCAACCGACUGAUGCUGUGCAAAAAAUCCAUCCUAUCCACGGCUACAUAUGGCCUGAACAUUAUUCCCAGGCUCCGCCUAUAUGGAAGUAUGAUCUGUACUCCCUGUUCGAGCGCUAUAACUCAGCACUCACCAAGCAGCAGCCAUCUUCAUGGGCACUAAAUAUACUAGGUUUCCCAAACAUCAAACAAACUUACUUCACUUUUGUGGCCUGA